AUUGUAUUAAUUGAUUUAUUUAUACUUUAGUUAAGAUCACUUUAUCAAUGUAAAGGUUAUAGGGUUAUUGACUGUUAUGGCAUUACACAAGAUCCUAUAACAAAAGAAUAUAUGUUAAUAUUGAAUUAUGCAAAAGGUGGAAAUUUGCAUGAUUAUUUGCAAAAGAACUUUAUAAAUAUUACAUGGAGGGAUAAGUUGUAUAUUUUACAAGGAAUAUCAUUUGGACUUAAAAAUAUUCAUGAUAAUAAUUUUAUACAUCGAGAUAUUCAUAGUGGAAAUAUGUUAUUAUCUGAAUAUUGGAAAGUUGGAGACUUAGGAUUAUCACAACCUGCAAAUAAUACAUUAUCUAAUAAUGAAAUAUAUGGAGUAAUACCUUAUAUCGCACCAGAAAUAUUUAAAGGUGCUGCAUUUUCAAAAGAAUCUGAUAUAUAUAGUUUAGGCAUGAUUAUGUGGGAAUUUACAACAGGUUGUAAACCUUUUACUAAUGUUGAACAUGAUCAUAAUCUCAUCUUUAAAAUUCUUGAUGGAGAACGACCUAAAAUUACAGAAGAUACUCCUAAAUGUUAUGCCGAUUUAAUGAAAAAAUGUUGGGAUUCUAAUCCUUCAAAAAGACCAACUAUUUAUGAAAUCUGGGUUUCUUUUUACGAAUUGAACAGAUCAUAUAGGUUGAAUGAAACAUUUGAACAAGCUGAAAAUAAAAGAUUGGAAUUAAUACAAUUAAAGAAACUUGGACCAGAAUUUAGUGAAAAGUCUCAUCCAAAAGCAAUUUAUACAAGUAGAGCAUUAAGUGGUUUGAUUUCUAAAGCUUCAACUAUAGAUUCAAUGGUUUCAUUUAAUAUGAAACAAGAGUAUAUUACAAAAGAAUAUGAAUUUGAUAUAAAUAAUAUUCAAAGUUUAUCUACACAAAACACAAAUUCCGCCACUCAAAGCUUAAUUGUACCUGUAAAUUCUUCAAGAAAGCGUAAUUUUGAAGAAUUAAAGAACGAAACGAAUGAAACUCAAAAAAAUAGAAAAUAUACUAAAAUUAAUAAUUCCGAUGAUGAAUAAGUAUUAUUGAGUUUAUUUAAUUUGUAUUUGUCACGAAAAAAAUUUAUGUAGAUUGAUUGAUUAAUUCCACAAUUUUCGCAAGACAAAAUAUUUAUCACAUCUGCACAUGAAGAAUAGAUAACUUCAUUGACAAUCCGAACAAUAAUUAAUAAUUUUAUCGAUAUUUUCUUUAAUUUGAGUACAAUUAUGACUUUAUGUAUAUAAAAUAAAUAAAUGAUGUAUAACCAAAUUAAAAAUAAAACUUAUUAAAG